UCAAAAUGUGGUUCUAUGCUUUUCUGUUUAUUUCCGUCUUUCAUUUCUCCCAGUGGCGUUGCGAAGGUUCUUACGUUGCAUCAAUAGAACUUCAAAAUGUCGGGAGGAUUAGAGGUGCUUUCUCUGAAAGAGGAUGAUGUCACAAAGAUGUUGGCUGCUUGCACCCACAUGGGUACAGACAACGUGGAUUUUCAAAUGGAACAGUAUGUCUACAAGCGCAGGAAUGAUGGAAUUCACAUAAUCAACCUGCGACGCACGUGGGAGAAGCUCCUGCUGGCGGCCCGUGCCAUCGUCGCCAUCGAGCACCCGUCGGAAGUGUUCGUGAUCUCGUCCAGGAACUACGGCCAGCGCGCCGUUCUCAAGUUUGCGGCCCACACCGGGGCCACUCCCAUCGCCGGCAGGUUCACGCCCGGCGCUUUCACCAACCAGAUACAGGCUGCCUUCAGAGAGCCGCGUCUGCUAGUUGUCACUGACCCAUCUCAAGAUCAGCAGCCAAUCACGGAGGCGUCUUACGUCAACAUUCCUGUCAUUGCAUUCUGCAAUACAGACUCGCCAUUGCGCUUUGUUGAUGUCGCCAUACCGUGCAACAACAAGGCCCCGCAUUCCAUUGGCCUGAUGUGGUGGCUGCUGGCUCGCGAAGUGCUCCGCUUCCGAGGAUCCAUCCCUCGCGAGGGCAAGUGGGACGUGGUCGUUGACUUGUUCUUCUACAGGGACCCGGAAGAGGCGGAGAAGGAGGAGCAGGCGACGAAGGAGGUGGUCGCCCCGCCCCCGCCGGUGCUGAAGCCGGAGGCUGACUUUGCCGCCCCGCCGACGGAGGUGUGGGGCAGCGAGAUCGUGGCCCCGGAGCCGGCCGCCGCCGUGCGCAGCUGGGCCGAGGAGGAGGUGGCCCCCGCCGCGGGUGCCGCCCCCUUGGCGAGGCCGGCCGCCGCCCCCGUGGCGGCCGCCCCCGCCUACAACGCUUCCGAGGACUGGUCUGCCCAGACUCCCGAGGAUUGGGGCGCACCGGCAGCGACGACGACUGCCGCUGCCAAUGACUGGGGAGGUGCCAGCAGCUGGGGCAUGUAACCGAGUGUCGAAUAAAGGAAACUUACAAACCUG